AAUCAGUCAUUGUUGGAGUUUCGUCUCAGCAUAGUGCAGAAUGAUGACCCGUUUCCACAGCUUGGAGACAUCAAUCUCCGCCACCACAAAUCUCUCUCUUUUUCACACCCCCUUUUCACCUUCCAAUGCAGUAUUACCCUUAUCUUCAUCCAAAUCUUUGGCCAUGCUUUUGGAGAAUUCCAAGAAAUCAGCAUCAAGAACACCAAUUAGAACAAGUGCCAAGAACCCCUCAACCAAGGUGAUGGCCAGUGGUGUAUCUACUGCGGAAGUUGAUGGAGAAGCUGAUGUUGAAGUUGCUGAGGGGUAUACAAUUACUCAAUUUUGUGAUAAAAUGAUUGACUUGUUCCUAUAUGAAAAACCCAAGUCAAAAGAUUGGAGAAAAUACUUAGUUUUUAGAGAAGAAUGGAGGAAGUACGGGGAUAGAUUUUACAGUAGGUGUCGAACCCGAGCUGACACAGUAGUUGAUUCUCAAAUGAAGGAAAAAUUAAUUAGCUUGGCUAGAAAAGUUAGGAAGACAUUGCAGAUUGACGAUGAAAUGGAAAGGCAUACUGAACUUCUCAAAGAGAUACAAGAUAACCCGAGGGAUUUGAAUGCAAUUGUUACAAAGAGGCGCAAGGACUUCAAUGGUGAAUUCUUUCGGCAUCUGACUUUGCUUUCAGAAACUUAUAACAGCUUGGAGGACCGAGAUGCAUUUGCCAGACUUGGGACUAGAUGCUUAUCUGCAGUCAGUGCUUAUGACAACACACUGGAGAUUGUGGGAACAUUAGAUACUGCCCAGGCCAAAUUCGAUGACAUCUUGAACUCUCCAUCAGUGGAUGCAGCAUGUGACAAGAUUAAAAGCCUUGCCAAGAGUAAAGAACUUGACUCUUCUUUGGUGCUGCUGAUAAAUGGUGCUUGGGCUUCAGCAAAAGAAUCCUCUACAAUGAGAAAUGAGGUAAAGGAGAUAAUGCAUCGUCUAUACAAAGCUACACAGAGUAGUCUAAGGAGCAUGGCACCAAAAGAAAUAAAGCUGCUUAAGUACUUGCUAAACAUCACAGAUCCUGAAGAGCGAUUCUCAGCAUUGGCAACAGCUUUCAGCCCUGGUCAUGAACAUGAUGCCAAGGAUCCUAAUGCUAUAUACACAAGUCCAAAAGAGCUGCACAAGUGGAUCAAAAUCAUGCUUGAUGCAUACAACAUGAAUAAAGAAGAGACUGAAAUUAGAGAAGCCAAGCAGUUGGAUCAACCUAUGGUCAUUCAGAGACUUUCCAUUCUGAAGGAGACAGUUGAAGCAGAAUAUUUGGAAAAAGAAGCUAAUACAGAAAAAGAUUCACAACCAGAAGAAACUGUGAUAUGACAACCCAGUCCACCGGCGUAUCUGUUGGUUGCCGUGAAUUUAUGUUAUUGCUCACUGUCAGUUCUCUGCUCAAAAUUAGUUUUCUUUGGCGAUUUAUGUAUCUCUCAGCAUGCAGUAGGAUGGUUGGCUGGUUGCAAUAGUGAAGCCAUUAUGUAUAGUUUGGUUUUGUAGAAAUAGCAAAGAGGUGUUUUCCCUUUUAUGUAAGUGAUCGAUCACUUCUUGUAAUUUUCUCUUGUGACUUAUAUUUGACAAGUGUUUGGCCA